CAAUCGCGCUAUCAGUUAUUCGCCGCAAUGGUUGUCGAGGCUCUCACGGAAGUCAUUGCACCGGAAGGUGUCAAGGCAAGGCUCAUCGCAACCAAACAAUCUGACAUCAGUCUUCCACAUGCUGAACAGACCAACGGACGAAUAGUGCCUCUCAAACACCCAGCUGAAAGCAAGGUAGACUUUGGUGCCGAGAUCUAUGGAAUCGACCUGAACAAGCUCACUGAUGCCGACUUCGACUUUGUAUCCGAUGCACUGCACAAGCACAAAGUCUUGAUUUUCAAGGAGCAGCCACAAAUGCUCAAGCCACAACAGCAGUACCUCUUAACUGCCAACUUUGAUCCGGACGAGACGACUGGAGGCUUUGCCCACGGGGCCGAUCCGUUUCUGACUUCACACAACAACGUCAACAUCUACGGCAUUCAGAGUCGGCCUGCCAUUCCUGUUCAGCCACAAGUCCAUAUUCUUGGACGAGGCGAAGUUCCUGAAGGCCACUAUCAAUUUCCCCCCGGGUUCAAAGUCAAGGGCAUCGAUCACCAUGAAUUCCAUCUUCCACCUCAUGUUCCCCAAGAGGAACGAGAGAAAGGUGCUAGUCGAUUCUACCAGUGGCACUGGGAUGGAGCCCUCUACAACAUUCCUCCUCCCAGGGUAGGCUGUUUAUUGGCCGUCAGAACCCCCAAGGGCCCAGAUGUCACCGUCAGAUGGGAGGAUGGUACCGGGACGGAGAUGGAAAUCCCACCAGGGGCCACCGCGUACGUUGCUGGUUCCAGGGCUUUGGACCUCCUCGACGACGAGACCAAACAAGUUGCUCUUCAUUCGCGAAUCGAGUAUGCGCCACAUGCUUUCAAAUGGAUGUCAACCGCCCACAGCGCAAGGCUUGGGCACAUCCUCGAGACCGAAGGCCUAGAGCUGACUCACGAGAAGCUCCCGCCCAUCGAAGAGAGCAAAAUUUGCAUCUACCCCAUGGUGUGGACCAACCCUAAGACCGGUGAAAAGUCCUUGCAAGUGCAUGGACAGGGCGCCGUCAAGUUGUACCUCAGAAGCAGCCCAGAAGGGCGAGAAAGGAUCAUUGACGAUCUGAAAGAAGUCAGAAGCUUCAUGAACAAAAUCAUGAGGCGAGCUAUCUCGCCCGAGAACAUUUAUGCACAUCGCCACGAUGAGCAAGAUGUCGUGCUUUGGUACAAUCGUGCAUUAUGGCAUAGCAUCACCGAGUUUCCCGAGUCUUAUGGACCAAGAAUCAUGCAUCAGUGCAACAUUGCUGCAUCUGACCACCCGUCAGGCUAG